UCACAGUGGGGGAUCAAGUGGACUCUCCUCGUCGGUCUCACAUUGCAGCUGAUGGGGUUGGGGAUGCUGUUUGGUUGGCAGAAUAGUUGGAGCAAGUCGACUGCGAUCAUUUAUGUGACCAUCGCUCAAAUGCUCUGCGGGAUUGCAAAAGAUCUCACGAAACUUGGGGGGAAGACCGUUACAAAGCUUGUAACCCCGGAAGAAAAGCAGGGCGCUCUCUUCAAGCUCGUCUCCUACAUCACAGGGUGGAAGAACUCUCUGAAAGGAGUUGGAUACUUCAUUGGAACUCAUGAAACAUGGGCAGGUGUAAACGUUUUCAUGAUCUUGUGCGCAUAUCCCUGGGCCAUUAUUGGCCUUGAUAGCAAUCUUGGAACUGCAAAAUCGAAGAAUGUGACCUUGAGGGAUGCGCUUUUCUCUGGAAAUCACAACCUGAACUGGCUUUCGUUUGCAAGACUUUUCCUGUUUGCAUCAAGAGACUUGUGGUUCGAAGUUCCUCUUCCCUUCUACCUGCGCGCUCCAGCUUGCACAAGAAUCUGUCAAAAUGUGAAUUCUGGCUGUGGAGGUCUCGGGCUGGCAAGAGUCACUGUGGGAGCAUUCCUGGCGAUCUACAUCAUUCUCUACGGUCAGAUGCAGGCGUACACCCCUCAGCUCGUGCUCAAUCCACUCAAACAAUCUCCUCCGAACAAGUGGGUGGAGGUGCUCUGGGGCUACUUGAACUGUGUACCUCCUUUUGUGCUGGCAUUGAUGACACUGGUUUCACCGGAGUUUCAGAAUCAGGAAUACAACCAGAUGUUGUCAACCAUGAUCGUUGGGAUUGUAAUCUUCGCCCUCAUAUUUGCCAUCAAUUCGUCAAUUCACUCCUACCUAGUGGUGCGCUAUGCAGAAGGUGACAAGGUCGCAACUAGCGUCGGCUUCUACUACAUGUCCAAUGCUGCUGGGAGGCUCAUGGGGACCCUCGUGUCGGGAGCUCUCUAC